AUGGAAGAUUUAGAGACUAACUUAGUCCAGACACGCAAAGCACGUGGCAUUGAACAAAUGGUAGCAAAAUGGCUCCAUCGCUCUCGGAGUGGAGCAUCCAGGGGAAGAGGAUCUGUGGCAGAUAUCCCCAGUGACAGCAGUGGCCAGCCUGCUAGCCGUGUCAAAUUCGAAGUUACAAUAUACAAGGAUUUGGUUCACCAUCACUAUGGCUUUGAGAUUUGCCCAGACCUUCCCCUUACCAUUGCGUCUGUCACUGCAGGGAGCACAGCUGAUGGAAAGCUGCUGCCAGGUGACCAGAUCCUUCUGAUAAACACUACAGCCGUGGAAGACACUUCUAUUGAACAUGCAGCUGAUCUCAUCAGGGAGGCCGGAGAUAAACUCCUCCUAACUGUUCUGCGCUGUGCAUCGGGCGGGCCUAAAUCAUCAUUUCUCACUGCAGAGAAGAGGGCAAAGUUAAAAACAAACCCUGUGAAAGUGCGGUUUGCAGAGGAGGUGCUGGUGAAUGGACACUCACAGGGGAAUUCUCUUCUUUGCAUGCCUAACGUCCUCAAGGUAUACUUGGAAAAUGGGCAAACGAAGGCUUUCAGGUUUGAGAUGAGCACUACUGUGAAGGAUAUUGUUCUCACCUUGAAGGAGAAGCUCUCCAUACGAAGCAUAGCACACUUCGCCUUAGCCCUGGAGGAACAGUAUAAUAUUGCUAAGAUCUACCUGCUGCAUGAUGAUGAGCUCAUUGAGCAGGUGGUCCAAAAAAGAGAAUCCCAUGACUGCCGGUGCCUCUUCAGAGUUUGCUUCAUCCCAAAGGAUCCCUUAGACCUCCUGCAGGAAGACCCAGUUGCCUUUGAGUAUCUUUAUCUGCAGAGCUGCAGUGAUGUGCUUCAGGAAAGGUUUGCUGUGGAAAUGAAAUGCAGUGUGGCAUUACGUCUAGCUGCCCUGCACAUACAGGAAAGGAUCUACACUUGUGCUCAGCCACAGAAAAUGUCCUUGAAAUACAUUGAGAAGGACUGGGGCAUUGAAAACUUCAUUUCACCAACUUUGCUUCGAAACAUGAGAGGCAAAGAUAUCAAGAGGGCUAUCAGCUACCACAUGAAGCGGAACCAGGUCCUGCUUGAUCCUCGUCAGAAGCAUAUGCUUGCAGCAGUCCAAGUGCGCCUGAGCUACUUACAGAUACUGGGAGACCUGAAGAUGUACAGUGGGAAGACCUUUAAUGCCACCCUGAUGCUACAGGACAGAGAAUCAUACGUUGCCUUGCUGGUUGGAGCCAAGUACGGGGUGAGCCAGAUUAUCAAUAAUAAGCUCAACAUCAUAACAAGUCUGGCAGAGUUUGCAAACAUCAGCAGGCUGGAACUUAUGGCGGAGUCUGAGAAAGUGAGCAUGGUGAAAAUCUACCUGCAGGAUCUGAAGCUGCUGACUCUGCUGUUGGAAUCAAACAGUGCAAAAGACCUGGUCUGCCUCAUCAGUGGCUAUUACAGGCUGUUUGUGGAUGCAAAUGUCUCCAUAUUUACUUGGGGGGAGAAAAAACAGCAACUCCACCGUAUAUCAGCAGAAGAAGGGUAUGAAUCUAGAAUCUGCAGUGACUCUGAAGACUCCUGGGAGCUAGAUUCCUCCUCAGAGCAUUGCUUGGACAUUCCUGCACCACAUGGCCAUGCCCACCAUGUGUGUGAUGAGGAGGAGAUGGAAGACCUCCACAGCCUAGAGCAGGACAGCAUAAAGCCCCAAGCUGGAGGGGGUGCACAAAGCAACAAGUCUGACAACGCAACAGAUAGCAUAUCAGAAGCUUCAGAUUCUGCCAACACUGAGAGCCGAGGGUAUAAGACAAGUGGCUCAAGUGACUCUAUGGAUGCACUGGAGGAAGAUGAACUGGAAGCCUGCUCCUCUUCUAGGCCAGAGUUCUUCCAUCUCUAUAGGCCAACAGUGCAUGAGAUGAACAGCCCAGUCCAGAGCUUCUUCCCCACUGGUACUUCAAUGGGCUCCUGCAGGACAGAUGCCAGAGACUUCUGUUUCCUUCAGGCACCAGAAGCAGCUAAACCUGGGUCUGAACACAAUCACUAUGAGCAGAGAAGAGAGGACAUGGCUGCAUCUGUGCUGGAGACCAAGCUGUCUGAGAGAAAUGCCAUGGGCUAUUACAGCCUUUGCUACAGCACAUCCCCUGCUGGCAGAGCUGAGAGGAACAUCGGUCACAGCCCUGGGAGAAGCUCUUGGACAGACGUGCCUGCCCAGGCGGGUGUACUCUGCAGGCCUGACCAACCGGCUGAGGUGAACGAUCUCAUUCUGGACCCUCCGCCGGGCUUUGGAGACACCAGCUCCGAGGAUGAGUUCUACGAUGCAGCGGACAGACUGAGCCCUCCAGAUGCUCUAGCAGCUGGUUGCAACCUCACAUCCUGGGACAGUGUAGAAGAUGCCUCUUGCAUCCUAAAGAAAUCAAGGUGUUACAGCUUGGCGGAAAACCUCGUGUCAAGGCAGACAACAAGGGAAAAAUACAGGAUGGAGAAAGAUAUGACUUACGCCAAGCGGAAGAGGAGAUCUUUCCUAAAAACUGAUUAUACCUCGCAGGUCACUUUCCCAUUGACGUCACCAGACUCUCAGCAGAGUUGCAGUUGGUCAUUCUCAUCAUUCCUCCCUCAGCCUCUGGAUCCAACUUCCUCAGAGAACAUCAAGAUGGACACAGAAGUGGGAGCUCAAACUAAUACAGAGGCCCAGAGAAACACUGCAAGCAAAAACCCAUCGGCUGACUUGAUGGAAAUGGAACCUGACACUCUGGAAACAAAAUCAGUGACUGACUUGUUUUUUCCUUUGAUUUCAGCUAUUCGCCUACAGGUUGACCAGAAUGGGGAAGAGAACUCAGACACUGCUGGAUGUGUGGAUGAUGGCCUCAAUCCUGCAAGUGCUGUACAUGCACCUUUCCAACUGUGGGAGGAAACUGUGCACCUUCCCAGAGAACAAAGCAGAAGUCCUACAAAAGAUCCCAACAUUGAGUUAAAAACUGGGUGGCAAAGUGAGAAAAGUUGUGAAGCCAGCAGAGAGCCAGUUGAAAUGAUGGAAGCCCACUGCGAGGUCAACAGUGAAGCUGAAUUUCAAAGCCAGGAAAUGAUAUGCCCCUCUGCCACUUCUUCCUGUGGUAUGACCUCAGAAUUAAAUCUCCUUCCCGCAGCAGGGCAAGAAGAAGGACGUGGAGAGCUUAUUCUUGCUCCCUAUGAAGAAAGAAAAGGUGAUUUUGUCAGGUCUGCUGAAAAACAGAGUGACAUAGGUUUGUCUCAGGUGAAAAGCAGAAAGGCAGUAGGUGAGGAAGCCUUUUGGAAAGCGCACAGCAAAAGUCAUGUGGGCUUUCCAAAUGUCACCCAACUGUUAAAAGACUGCAGUGGCACUUCAGGCAUCGUAACUCGCAUCUCCUGCCUCUCAUUUGAGGUGAGAACAGACCUCACAUCGCCAAACUCAACUAAUGAGGGGAGGAGCAACCUACUUGGGCUUUUGGACUCUUCAGAGAGAGCUCACAUGACCAGUGGAUACUGUGGGGCUGAUACUGUGAGAAUGGAGACACAAACACCCUCAGCAGUACCAGCCUUUGAAAAAGAAGUGGUGAGCCGUCAGGGCCCAGAUGAAGGAAAGCUCAGAAAAGAUAGGGAAAAUGUGUAUAAUGGGCAGUCUGAGCAUAGUCAGACUCCUAUUCACAAAGAAGAAGCUACAGUACUUGAGAAAGACUAUCCCUUAAUUCCAUCCCUGGGGCUUUCCUUUCCCUCCAGUCUAGUUCCUUUGGGCUCUCUGGGGAACCACCCCAGUGACAUGACCAGAUCUCUGGGUCCUUCCACCAUGAAGAACACAUUUCCACCACAGCUUGGGAUGGACAAGUGCAGCUGUCAGUUGUCCUAUGUAAGCUGCUUCCGUUGGCCUGAAGAAGAGGGGGAACAUGAAAACACUACCCCUACACACAGCGUGUCUUCGAGUCCCCUCACCACUCCACCAUCCACCAUCCACAAUCUUCCUGGCACCCCUAUGGACAGUCACACAGAUGUUACUGCUAGCGACAGGGCAUGGCUGGACCCUCACAUCCAAGCCCUGACCAAGUUGAAGGAACAAGCGCAGAUGAGCCCUGCAGAUUUCUCCUGCUUCCUUGCCUACAUUGCAGAACUUCAGGAGGUUGUGGGAAAGCUCUCUGGCAACAAAUCAACACACCUGCAAGACACAUGUGCAGACCACAGCUCUAAGAGAAAGGGUGUGCUUCAAUCAGCCUCCCAGGACCUGCUGUCCAAUUGCCAGGAGCUCCUGAAAACAGAGCGACCCCUUAAGGAGGUGCACGAUGCAUUGAGAGUGACAUUUGAUGACCUGGUCCGGUUGACAGUGGCCUGCUUUCAGGUGACACACUGCCAGCUGUGCACGCACAGGCAGAGUGAGCUUGUGGCCGUACUCACAGAUGUGGUAGACACCUACCACCACUUGGUUCAGCUUGUUCACCAGCUGCUUCGUGGGCAGGGUUGCCCAGCUGUGAGUGCCAAGCUCCUUGCCUGCCAACACACAGCCCUUACAGCCUCAGUGCUUUGUCUCAUGCAGCAGUUUGGGGUGCCCUCCUCUUUGUGA